AUGAGCACGUCAGACGGGCCUGAGCACCCUCGCGAUGCUCCGUACAAUGCCACCAACCAAACCCCAUCGGCUUCUGCAGCGGCUGGACCAUCGACACGGCCAUCACGUGCCUCGAACCGCUCCCGUAGGAAAGAUGUGAUAGACGUACAAGACACCAAACGCGUCCUGGAAUGCUCACAGACAGAACGACAGCGCCGCUUCCAGCAUCUUGUCCGACACUACCUAUCCCAGAUCCUACAUGGCUGUAAAAGUGCCUACUGCGAUACCCCCACGUGCCUCUCAUCCGGCAAGCGCAUCGCGUCCAGACCACACCGUCCACCUACAUUGCUCACGGCCACCGCCCUAGCCCAUUACCUCGCCGGUCAAGACAACCCGAACCGCGGCCUAUGCCCCCACGAGCUCAAGCUCGCGCCUGACUCGUUCGAGAGUACGGAUAGCCGCGCCCAGCAUGCUAGGAUUGACUCCGCCGAGGACUAUAUUGUCUAUCCUUCGGUAUGGCAGCUGGCACAACAGCGUAGGCAACGUCGUGCGGGAGAUAGUGGUCAACAAGAGCUGGACGGCGACUUGAUCAAUGCCCUCAAGCAACGGCAGCAAGCUAGAAAAGACCCAAAGGCUCUUAGUCAGAACUUGAUACCCUACCAUCCCUCGAACGGCACGACUCAAAGACAUCCUCCUUCAGCAGCAUAUCCUACUGCCGUGGAUGGUGCAUCAGAUCUAGCGAUGCUAUCAAUCUCGAAAACAGGAAAGAAAAGCUUCACUAUCGGUGGGACAUACCCGGCUGCUGCGCCCCGCGCGAAGCCAUCAUCAGCAGCAACCGAACUACCUAAGAACACCCUUGUUGAGGAACAUUCAUCAUCCGAUGUACCCGUUAUCCCAACAUUGAAUUGCAAUGUCCUCGAUGAGCUCAAAGACGACGUCCAUCGCUACGGCAAGAGCCACACUACAGACUUCAAUUACGUUGUCGACUUUGAUCGUCGGCGACGUACGCGACGUACAAAACCCCUCGUCAACCGAUCUCUGUUCUAUACCUUGAGUGGCCCAGAAAAGCUACUUGCAUCAUUCCAUGAUACCAACCAAGACUUCAAAGACUCACCCUUAUCUCAUCUCGACUCAUCACGCUUAGCGAACUCUUUUAGAGAUUGGAACCAUCGCAACGGUGCGCUCAUCUUCGAUAGCCUAUGGCUCGCACUGGACGCUUUGUUCGUCUCUCCACCUGAACUCGACGUUCAGAAGAGUCCCCGUCUGAGGCCAUCAAGAAAGGGCGCUUCCAAUAACAGUCCUCCCGACCCGUCCUCCAGUGGUCAUCAAGGUGCCUCGCGCUAUCUCGACACCCAUGAAGCCGCUCACAUCGUUAUGAUAUGCAUACACGCACUCACCUCCCUGGUACCGCUUGGAUGGCCGCACACAUGGGCCCAAAUACGGAAGCUUCGAUCUUGGGGUGUGAUGGUGCCCACUAGUACUCCCAAUACCGACGCCUUUGCGCAUCCCUACAUGGACAUCAUUGACGAGUUGGAGUACGAACCGGCAGUGCGUCUUGCCGAUCGUUUACUUCGGGCUAUCGGAACGCGGACUUGUUUCGAACAUAUACUCGCCAGUUUAGACGUCGCAGAGACGAACCGGGAUGAGUCAGAACAGGUUACACCUUCUGUCGGGCUUGUGGAUGUGAUUAUGCAACAUCUGGAGGUGGUGGAGCGCGUCAGUAUGGCGGCUAAGAUGAAGCUGAACUCGAGCUAUGACCGCGACGGAGAUCCAGGGUGGACUGUGACAGCUACUUUCAUGGAGUGGCUGAGGACUAUCAUCGUCAAGAAAUGGGACAGCAAGGCUGAAAUCAACAAAUGGAGCAGCGUUGGCACAGCCGUGAUGGUUCUCGACAAACUCCACUCGAAGCGGCAAGCUCUACACUUACACUCGAACAUGUUCGAAAUGCCGAUACUCGAUGAGCGCAUUGACACAGUAAACGAGCCUGUCAACUACCUCACAUGGGAGCAUCACCCCAAUACUCUACACGUUUUCGAAUACCCAUGCCUCUUCUCCGCGCAGCAUCUCGUAGCGUACUUCCGUACCAUCAACUUCACUGAGAUGAUGAAGCAGUACGACCAUACUAUGCGCACCCACCAAAUGCAGAAGUCGCUGGAGAUGUUCCUCAAAGAGCCUUAUUGGUGGAUUAUUAAGAGGAAGAUGAAGACUACCCUGAGUGAAUACCUAGUGUUGGAUGUCAGUCGCGAAGAACCUUUGAAAGACACACUUGAUCAGCUGUGGGGUAUGGACAAGAGGAUGUUGCUGAAACCGCUCAAGGUCAAGAUGGGUCACAAUGAAGGAGAAGUUGGUGCGGAUCACGGCGGCGUGACGUACGAAUUCUUCCGCGUCGUUCUGAGUGAGGCAUUCAGGCCGGAGAAUGGUGAGCCUUACUAUACCAUUGCGAAACCUCCCCAACUAAUUUUACCAGGCAUGUUCACGAUCGAUCCACAGACGCACAUGACGUGGUUCCAGCCAGGCAGCUUCGAACCUCCCUGGAAGUUCCAGAUGCUCGGUAUACUAUUCAGUCUUGCCGUCUACAACGGCAUCACCCUACCCGUCACCUUUCCCCUCGCCUUCUACGAGUAUCUGCAAACCAUCGGAAACCCGCGCGUCGAAGGUCCAGCUGACUACGACCCCAUCGACUACAUCAGCGACGGCUGGCCCAGCCUAGCAGAAAGUUUCCGCACCCUCCUAUCCUGGAGCGACGGCGACGUCAGCGACGUCUUCAUGCGCGAGUACGUGUUCAGCUACGAAGCUUUCGGCCAGCCAGUCGACCAAAACCUAGGUGAUAACUUCCCUGCCCUCGCUGAAUCAAACUCCCCUCUCGAAGAACCCGGUCUGGUCACCAACGAAAAUCGUCUACAGUAUGUCAAAGACUACGUCCGCGCCCUGACAUACAGUUCCGUCGCCCCAAACCUCAUCCCUUUCCUGCACGGCUUCCUCACCUGCAUCCACCCAAAGAGCCUCCAACUCUUCACCCCACAGUCCCUCCGCCACCUCAUCGAAGGCACACAACACAUCUCCAUCCCCGACUUGAAACGCUGCGCGAAAUACGAAGACGGCUACACAGCCACACAUUCCAAUAUCCGCAACUUCUGGGAUGUGGUCGAGGGGUACAGCCAAGAAGAAUUACGCCUUCUCCUCGAGUUUGUUACUGCAAGUGACCGUGUCCCUGUUACGGGCUACGAGAGUAUCACGUUUCACAUUGUUAGGAUCAUGGGAAGCCCGGGGAGCUUGCCGAGUAGUAGCACGUGUUUUGGGAAGCUAUAUUUGCCGGACUAUGGCGACAAGGGAUUGUUGGAGAGGAAGUUGGGGUUGGCGAUUCGGAAUUCGAAGGGUUUUGGGAAUGUGUAG